AAAUCCUUAAAUAAUCUUUCAUUUUACCAAAGGCAUUUCCUUUGAAAAGUCCAAAAUGUCGAGAAAAUAUUAAAACGUUAGUUUUGUUAAUAAAAGUUUUAAAAUUUAAUUUAAAUAAAAUAAGAAUAGCCAAGGCAAUUCCUGGUGGUUUUAGUGCUGUGAAGUGACAAAAAAUGGCUGAUGAUAAUGAUAACUCCAAAGCAAUGGAUCUGAACAGAAUUCCUUUUGAAGAGGCGCUGAAUAAAGCUGGUUUCGGCCUCUACAGCUUCAUCCUAACAGCUCUGGCAGGGCUGUCGAUUCUCUCCAGCGCCUGCGUAAUCUAUGGCAGCAGCAUUAUAGUGCCAACCAGUGCUUGCGAGCUUCAGACUACGCUUGCACAGCAAGGGCUGAUAGUGGCAUCGCCACUUUUAGGAACCAUAGUUGGAGCAGUGCUAUGGGGCUACUUGGCAGACACACGAGGCCGCCGCAAUAUGCUCCUAGUGUCCUUCCUGUCAGGUGCCAUAUUUAAUGCCCUCGCCAGUAUUUCUGUCAAUUGGGGCAUGCUCAUGGCUCUGCAGUUCGUUGCCUCCUUGUUGGCUUCAGGACAGUACAGCCUGGCAAUGACACUGCUGAGCGAGUGCGUGCCGCUGGCGCGCCGUAACCUGGUCGUGCUGAUAGUGGCCAGUAUCUUUCUGCUAUCACAAGGCAUUAUGGCACUAUUGGCGAUACCGAUCAUACCUCUGGAGUUCUCCUACCAUCUGCCUGCGCUGGACAUCUACUGGAACCCAUGGCGGACCGUCCUCCUGGUAUACUCUCUACCAAGCCUCAUCUGCCUUGUGUGGCUCUACUUCAUGGAAGAAAGCCCUAAGUUCGUCUUCGCGAAAGGUGAUGAAGAAAGAGCCCUAAGGAUCUUAACGGUCAUUCACAGGAUGAAUCAUAGAAAAUCCAAGGAAGGCCUACAGGUCAAAGGUCUCCUCUCGGAAACUUCACAAGCCUCAGGAGAAGACCAGAAACGACAAGGAAGCGUAAUCGGGCAAUUAUUCAAACCACCGCUAGCGAAAUAUCUCGCUAUUAUGACUACACUAUCCGUAUUUUUAAAAGUAAGCGCAUUCAUGGUGUGGCUGCCGACCAUAGCCAAUCAGUUUGUAGAGAUCGUUCGGACCGGUGAGGGUUACGACCGGACGCUGUGUGACAUCCUCUUGGCUGGACAAGAGGCACCGCCUAAUCCUGACCUGCCGCCAUGUGCGUUGAACGAAACUGCUCUUCUCAUAGUUUUCACAGUCGGGUGCUUGCAGUCAGUCUUCAAUAUUUGUGUCAGUCUAGUGAUAGACAAAAUCGGCCGCCGCAACACGGUGAUAGCGAUAUCAGCGACUUGUGGCGUCAGCGGAAUCGUCAUCAACUUUGUGCCCAAUGCGAUCGGAGGCGGCGUCUUCUUCCUCAUCUUCCUCCUGGGGAUGGUGCUGCUUGGGCUCCAGACUGCCAUGUCUGUCGCGCUAUUCCCUACACAUUUAAGGGCCAUGGCAAUGUCACUAGCCAUGACGGGUGGCCGUCUAACAUUGAUCGCGGUUGUCCAAAUCCUCAACUUCCUUCUAGACAACAACUGUAAUAUGGCAUUUUAUAUCUUUGCGUCUCUUCUUAUUGCGUCUGCGAUGAUAGCAGGUUUCCUCCCAGAUGAUCGGAAGUUGCGAAAUGUACAGCCACAAGUUGAAUCUAGAGAGGCGAUAGAAGACGAUGCGGAUGAACAUCUGAAAACUGCUAUGUAGUCUUUUCAUGAUUCCUCAAAUAAUAUUAGAAUUAAGUACUUACCAUACUAAAUAAAAAAUAAAAUAAAAAUAUUGUUUAUUUUUA